CUGUCAAAGUCAAAACUGUAGAAUUUGCAGAAGUGAAGUUUAAGGUUAUUUUCGCUUCUAUUUUGAUAAACGGUGAAGAGUAAAUAUAACUGUUAAUAGUGUUACUUCUUUAUCGGUCCGAAAUCAUUCAUUUUUCAAUAAGUCGCUUAAAAAAUGGCUGACGUAUUGGACAUCAAUGAUGCCGUCGACAUAGACGUAGAAGACGAUGGAGAGCAGAGUGUCCUCAGGCUAAAAGACAAGGUAAUCCGUCGAAAGGGACGAGGAUUUGGACCGGGAGAAGGCAGAGAGCACGAAAAAAUCCGGGGCUACGAGUCAAUCGAAGCGGGAGACAACGUCGAUGAACUCGGGCCCCAAAAAUCGGUGGAAGGUUGGAUCUUGUUCGUAACAUCUGUACACGAAGAAGCUACCGAGGACGACCUCAAUGACAAGUUCCAGGAGUAUGGCGUUAUAAAAAAUAUCAGCAUUAAUUUGGACCGCAGAACAGGCUUUUUGAAAGGGUACGCUCUGAUCGAGUUUGGAACUUACGAAGAAGCAGCCACGGCCAGAGAAGCCCUUAACGGGUCCUUGUUGUUGGGACAGACGAUUGGGGUGGAUUGGUGUUUCGUGAAGGGCGCUAAGAAGUCCAAAAAGCGCAGUAAGAGACACUGAUGUAUCAAC